AUGGUUGUGGUGGACGUGAACAACUCGCUCUGCUUAGCCAACAAAGAAGAGGUGGAGAAGGUUUUCAAACGGUUUCGAUUGCAACGAGACGGCCAGAUCUCGGGGGUUGACCUCAGUGCGAUGCUCCGAACCCUUGGAUCGAACCCCUCUGAUGAAGAGUUGGCUCGAGUGAUGGCUAAGGCCGACACCGACGAUGUUGGCUCCAUCUCGCUCAAGGAGUUUGCCGUGAUCAACAAUGAAGCUCCCUUGGAUAGCAAUGCGAGCAUGGUGGAUUUGAGAGACACCUUUGCGAUAUACGAUCUCGACAAUAACAGUUCGAUUUCAACCAAAGAGCUUCACAUGGUGUUGAAGAAGCUUGGUGAGAAGUGUUCGUAUCAGGAUUAUUGCAAGAUGAACUCGACCGUCAAUUUGGACGGUGAUGGAAGCGUCAUCUUUGAGGAGUUCAAAAAGAUGAUGAUGUGGCCAAACCCCAACCUCCUAGAACCAGUCUCUCUCUAG